AUGACGGUUGCAUGGAAAAUAGAUGAUAUGGGUUUGGUUCCAAGAAUUGACGGGCCAAGAGUGUUCACUGCUUUAAGGAUGAAGGAAAAGAGGUUUCUGGAGGCAGCUUCUAUGUAUAGUUUUAUAUCAAGUUACAAAAAACUUAAAUUGGAUCUUUUGCAAAUCAACAUAUAUAAUAUAAUGGCAAUGAAAUCUAUGAUCACCUUGCUAAUCACCCUUUUGGUAGUUGUUUUUGUUGCACAAGAAGCCAAGGCUACUGUUGGUGUUGUAAGUGUCACUGGAACUGUAGUUUGCCCUGUGAUCAAUGGGUCUACUAAUAUUAAUACUACUACCAAUGUCACAAUCCCGACUCCUCCUCGUCUUCCUGUCGUCAAUGGUAGCGUUCAAGCAACGAUACUCGAUGUUCCAGUUGGAGCGAUGGUAAGAACAGAUGGACUUGGACGAUUCGCUGUAACUUUUGUUCGGCCAGUGCUAAGGUCCGUUGAAAACCUGCGACAAGUUACCACCAUUAACGUGACUCCACCACCCACGGCUUGCAAUUCAACCCUCCCCCCAAACACCGUCCUACGAUCCAUCCCGCCAUUACAAGUGGUGAGCCAAUUCAUUCUUUCUGUGCAGUUGAAUACGACAGCAGGAUUCCAGCUGCCUGCAGUCUAAUUAAUAUAUAUACGUAAUGUAAUAAUAGUACGUAAUGUAUAAGAAUAAAGGAAGAGAUCGAUUGAUAUAUUGCACGCUUUGAUGCUCAUCACUCUCGAGUCUCUCCGUCUCCAGUGUAAUAUAAUAUUCGAUCGUUUCCAUAUAUAUAUACUCGAUCCGUAUUAUAUAGUA